AUGACAACUGUGAGCAUGAGUCCUUUAAGAAACAAUGGCUGCACCCGCCCUCAAAGUUGGAGAUUCUCAAGAUGCGAGGCUGUGUUCAUAGCCACUCCUGGUUUCCAUUGUGGAGGUCCAAUGUCCGCUGAUUUAAGGCAUCAAACUCAUCCGAGGCUAUCUCGAAUAGAAGACAUUUUGUUGUUCGUCCCGGACUGA